AUGCAGCGAGAGCUGGUGGAAAGGAAACGAGAGCUCGCCCGAGUCAAGGACGCCUUCUUGUUGGAUGGAAAGAGAUCUAUUCAAAGCCUCUUGAAAGAUGCCAAGAAAUUUGAGAAAGCUAGCCGUCAAUUGGCAAAGGAGCGGGAAGAAGCGACGAGAAGCGAGAAAGAAUUCGAAAUCAAGGAGAGAUUCCAACAUAUCAAGGACUAUGACCCUGAGCUGCCGAGGCAUCAGAGGAGGCAUGAGACACAUACCAAAGUCCUCGUGGAGUUCCUGGGGGGGGUGAAAGAAGUGGAUGUUGCUGAUGCGGUGGCGGAGCUCGACGUGGAGAAGAUGAAGAGGAAGCUGGCUUCCAUGAAUACACAGGAACACGCGCGACAAGCGUGA